AUGGAAAACCAAAACCGUCUGAAAAUGCGAAUCUCUCGCAUGUUCCGAUCCUCAUUCGGUUCCUGCAAAACCCGACAACAUGUAUCUGAUGUUAUGGAAAAACCACUAUUUGCACCCCCUAACAACCACAUCCCUUCCAAAACAUUACUACCCUUCCACCCCAGUCCCAAAUCCAAACCCUCUCAAAAAACCAUCGACGACAUGUCGUUUAACCUUCCUCAUUCUCUUCCACGUAGCAAAGUCUCUACUUGUUCAUCAUCACCAUUUCUCUGCGGUGCAAAUAGCAAUAACAACAACAACGACAACAACCUUAAACUCGACAGAAAAUCAUGUUCACCAAACAACACUACAUUCAACGAUGAACACAACAACAACAACAAAAACAACUUCGGUUUCUACGAAGAAACCAACGCAUCAUCAAAAACCGUCAUAGACAAAACGAAAACGAAAAAGAAGAAAAAUAGAACGAAGAAGAAGAAACAAACACAAACCAAGAAGAAAAACAGAACCUUUCCGUUCAAUUCAUGUGCAAAAGACACAAACUUUGAUAGCUACUGGUGGUACAGCACCGACGAAGACGACGAAACCGACACACUUUUCUCAUCAAAGUCUCUCUCUUCCGACUCCUCAAAGUCUCGCCGUCGAAAAACCUCUUGCCGGAAACCCAACCGGAGUUCCGACAUGGGUGUUCUUCCGUUGAACGGAAAAGUCAAAGACACGUUCGCGGUGGUGAAACGCUCGAGUGAUCCGUACAGUGACUUUAGAACUUCCAUGGUGGAGAUGAUCGUUGAGAAACAAAUAUUUUCACCUAGUGAUUUGGAGAAUCUUUUACACUGUUUUCUGUCGUUGAAUUCGUAUCAUCAUCACAAGAUCAUUGUUGAAGUUUACACUGAGAUUUGGGAAGCACUUUUCUCUGACUGGCUUUGA